AUGAAGGGAGACACCAGACAUCUCAAUGGAGAGGAGGACGCCAGCGGGAGGGAGGACUCAAUUAUGAUCAAUGGGGGCUGCAGCGACCAUUCCUCAGACUCGCCCCCCAUCCUGGAGGCCAUCCGCACCCCGGAGAUCAGAGGCCGCAGGUCAAGCUCACGACUGUCCAAGAGGGAAGUCUCCAGUCUGCUAAGCUAUACUCAGGAUCUGACGGGAGAUGGAGAUGGUGAAGGGGAGGAUGGGGACAGCUCUGACACUCCGGUGAUGCCAAAACUCUUCCGUGAAACCAGGACUCGAUCGGAAAGCCCAGGUGUCCGAACCCGAAAUAACAACAGUGCCUCCAGCCGGCACAGGCCCUCCCUACGUGCCACCCGAGGCCGGCAGGGCCGCAGUCAUGUGGACGAGUCCCCUGUGGAGUUCCCGGCUACCAGGUCCCUGAGGCGGCGGGCAGCAGCAUCGGCAGGCACACCGUGGCCGUCCCCUGCCAGCCCUUACCUCACCAUCGACCUCACAGAUGACACCGACGACACAGAUGUGACACCCCAGAGCAGCAGUACCCCCUACACCCGCCUAGCCCAGGACAGCCAGCAGGAGAGCUUGGAGUCCCCACAGGUGGAUGCAGAAGGGAGAGACGCAGACAGUACAGAGUAUCAGGAUGGGAAGGAGUUUGGAAUAGGGGACCUCGUGUGGGGAAAGAUCAAGGGCUUCUCCUGGUGGCCUGCCAUGGUAGUGUCCUGGAAGGCCACCUCCAAGCGACAGGCCAUGUCCGGCAUGCGAUGGGUCCAGUGGUUUGGCGAUGGCAAGUUCUCAGAGGUCUCUGCGGACAAACUGGUGGCCCUGGGGCUGUUCAGCCAGCACUUUAACCUGGCCACCUUCAAUAAGCUGGUUUCUUACAGGAAGGCCAUGUACCAUGCCCUGGAGAAAGCCAGGGUGCGAGCUGGCAAGACCUUCCCCACCAGCCCUGGAGACUCAUUGGAGGAUCAGCUGAAGCCCAUGUUGGAGUGGGCCCACGGGGGCUUCAAGCCCACUGGGAUCGAGGGCCUCAGACCCAACAACAAGCAACCAGAGAACAAGACAAGAAGACGCACAGCUGACGACUCGGCCACUUCUGACUACUGCCCUCCACCCAAGCGCCUCAAGACAAAUUGCUACAACAACGGAAAAGACCGAGGGGACGAGGACCAGAGCCGAGAACAAAUGGCCUCUGAUGUCACCAACAACAAGGGUAACUUGGAAGACAGCUGCCUAUCUUGUGGCAGGAAGAACUCUGUGUCAUUCCACCCUUUAUUUGAGGGAGGCCUCUGCCAGACAUGCCGGGAUCGGUUCUUGGAGUUGUUCUACAUGUACGACGAUGAUGGCUACCAGUCUUAUUGCACUGUGUGCUGUGAGGGUCGGGAGCUGCUUCUCUGCAGCAACACGAGCUGCUGCCGGUGCUUUUGUGUGGAGUGCCUGGAGGUGCUGGUUGGCUCAGGCACUGCGGCAGAGGCCAAGCUUCAGGAACCAUGGAGUUGCUACAUGUGUCUGCCACAGCGCUGUCACGGUGUCCUGCGGCGCAGGAAGGACUGGAAUGUGCGCCUGCAGGCCUUCUUCACCAGUGACAUGGGGCGCGAAUACGAAGCCCCCAAGGUGUACCCUGCGAUUCCUGCAGCCCGAAGGAGGCCCAUUCGAGUUCUGUCUCUCUUUGAUGGUAUCGCAACAGGGUACUUGGUCCUCAAAGAAUUGGGCAUAAAGGUGGAAAAGUAUGUCGCCUCUGAAGUGUGUGAAGAGUCCAUCGCCGUCGGAACUGUUAAGCAUGAGGGGAAUAUCAAAUACGUGAACGACGUGAGAAACAUCACAAAGAAAAAUAUUGAAGAAUGGGGCCCAUUUGACUUGGUGAUCGGUGGAAGCCCAUGCAAUGAUCUCUCAAAUGUGAAUCCUGCCAGAAAAGGCUUGUACGAGGGCACAGGCCGGCUCUUCUUUGAGUUCUACCACCUGCUGAAUUACUCUCGACCCAAGGAGGGGGAUGACCGACCGUUCUUCUGGAUGUUUGAGAACGUCGUAGCCAUGAAGGUCGGCGACAAGAGGGACAUCUCGAGGUUCCUGGAGUGCAAUCCAGUGAUGAUUGAUGCCAUAAAAGUAUCUGCUGCUCACAGGGCACGAUAUUUCUGGGGCAACCUACCUGGGAUGAACAGGCCCGUGAUAGCAUCAAAGAAUGAUAAACUCGAGCUUCAAGACUGCUUGGAAUACAAUAGGACAGCAAAGUUAAAGAAAGUACAGACAAUAACCACCAAGUCGAACUCGAUCAGACAGGGGAAAAACCAACUUUUCCCUGUUGUCAUGAAUGGCAAAGAAGAUGUUUUGUGGUGCACUGAGCUCGAAAGGAUCUUCGGCUUUCCUGUACACUACACAGAUGUGUCCAACAUGGGCCGAGGCGCCCGCCAGAAGCUGCUCGGGAGGUCCUGGAGUGUGCCAGUCAUCCGACACCUCUUCGCCCCCCUGAAGGACUACUUUGCAUGUGAAUAGUUGCACCCAGGUGCUGGGGCUCUGGGCUGUGUGGCAGAGCCCAGGCCCUGCCCUUCCUCAGCUCAGCUGUGCGGGUCACACUGCGUACCUCAGUUCUCUCCUGUGCAGUGGGAGCGCAGUGGGAGCAGAGCCGCCUGACUCUUGCAGGGGGAGCCCGAGGUGCCACCUCCUUGUGCACAAUUCAGACCCAGCUGCUAGGAGCAGCUAAACACGGUGCUCAUUUUUCUUCUCCUAAAACUUUAAAACUUGAAGUAGGUAGUAAAAUGGCUUUUUUUCCCCCUCCUGGGUUUACCACUCAGAGAAACAGAUGGCUAAGAUACCAAAACCACAGUGCUGACAGCUCUCUAAUACUCAGGUUAAUACUGAAAAAUCAUCCAAGACAGUUCAGACAAUACUUUUUUACUUAAAAUGUCUGCUGCUCCACAUUUACAAGAGUGUGCAGUGGUAGAUAUGUAGCUAAGGGACAUUUUAAGAGCCCAGGAUGUGUUGUUCCUAGGGCUAGCAGAAGAGAAAACGAUGUAUAUGUCUUUCUUGAAUUUUGCCUGGCACAUUCCCCUUGCCUCAGUUAUGAGGGCUGGAGUCUGCUGUCAGGGCCGUUAGAGUAUUUUCCACAGUGAUGAUGAUUUCAGCAGGGAUGGCAUCAUCAUUACAUUCAGGGCUAUUUUUUCCCCACAGACCCCAGGGCAGGGGCCACCCUUAGCUAAAUCCCUCCAAGUGACUGCAAUAGAGCCCUCCGGGGAGCUCAGGAAGGGGAGUGCUGAGUUACAUGAUAAAUGCUGCCAUAUGCCAUGCAGGCGAGUAUAGCUCCUGUGUAUCUCUUCCCUGGGUGAGGGGUGUGAAGGAGGGAGCUUCGGUAAGACCUCCCCACCCCCUCUCCAAAAGAUGCACCCUCCAGACUCCUCCACGCACAGGUCCCCAGGUUAGAUGGGUAUUACCUAACUCCUCAUCUUUUUUCUAAACUCAGAGGCAGUGACAGCCAGGGGCAGAAGCACAUUCCCCUCAUCUAAGAGAUGGCAGGGGGGAAAACUGCAAUAAAAGCUGGAUCCUCCCUCCGGAAAUUUUAAAAUCCUUUUUUAAUUCCAUGAUAAGUCAUUUUUAGCGGGAAUGGGAGUUCAGACAAGCUGCAUUUCAGAAAUGCUGUCAAAAUGGUUUUUAACACCUUUUACUCUUAUUACUGGUGCUAUUUUGUAGAAUUAAGGAACAACAUUCAACAAGUUUUGUGGGGCUUUUUAUACUCUUUUUUUUAAAGUCUCAAAGUUCUAUUUUUGUGUUUAACAUUUUCACUAAAAUUUUUUUUGUAACUGGAGCCACAAUGUAACAAAUAUGGGGGGAAAAAUCCGUGCCUUGUUUCAACAGGUUUUGCUAAUUUUUAGGCUGAAAGAUGACGGAUGCCUAGAGUUUACCUUGUGUUUAAUUAAAAUCAGUAUUUCU